AUGUUGGACACCGGCUUAUCCUUUGUAAAGUCGUCUAUACCAGUAUAUCACAAUGCUGUCAAGUCCAUCAUUUUCAAAUGCGCUGAAUUGCUUAUGGGCAUUUUCAUCUAUAAGCUCUUCUCGUUGAUCGCAGCGCGUUCGAAUCAGUUUACAUCCUACCUUAUGUUCACUGAGGAUUACAUCCAGCGGACGCUAUAUAUCUCUUCUCGCGGUCUAUCUCGCGCUGGUCUUGUCGUCCUUGCUUUCAGUCUUCUCAACAUUGUCCUGUCGUUAUACGGCACGUUGCUCUGGGCUUUGGAUGCUCCGGGAUACAUCUUCAAAGCCUCGAGCGCGCCGAUCACCGACUACCUUGAUCAAAGAAACGAGAAUCCGCCGUAUAUCGUUCAGCUCUCGUUAGACCCAGCCCAGUUUGAUGAUACUACACACAGGUUCCCUCAGAUCAUCGGCUCUGACCUUUUCGUACCUGGGCUCAACUACACUUUGACUGGCCAGGUCAACAAUAGUCGUGGUACUCCAGAAACAGUCUCGCCAGUCACAAUUGGCACCGUCGCUCCUCGUAUCUGGCUCGAUGACGAGGGGUUAUCCGUCUCAAUCGAUGCAAACCUUGCGUACUCUGUCAGACAGAAAUUGCAGGGCGAGACAUAUAAAGUGAAUAUCACAGAAAGCGAUGGAUACUUCUCAUGGAACAACACAUUCAGCAAUGUCUUCUCAAAAGACUUUGUCGAUAACAUUGCUGGAAAGCCAGAGGUUCACUGGGAUAUUGACUCGGACAUGAUAGCUGAUUCGAGAUUCAUUUUGCCUCACAGAUACAACAAUAUCUGGUUCUCGUUUGGGGCAGGCGGUGGUUCUGUAAUGAUGAAUCAAGUCUUCACUGUGACGAAAGGAAAGAGGCGCCAUACGUUCUUCCAGUCUACUCUGAAGACCACAAUGAUUACAACCCCUGGAACACCAUUGGAUGAAAAGGAUAUAUCAGAUCUUGUGGAGCGCACAGGAUACCUCGAUCACAGUGACAAAAGGGUUCCAUCAGCAGAUCAUAUCGUCGACAGAAUGAUGUAUGCUCAAAACAACAACGCCAGCUAUCACUAUGGCGUCACCACAGUUCAAAGCAACAAUAGAUCGACGCUUCAAAACACCUGGGGAUAUUACUCGGUAACGAGUGAAACAAGCCUUUUGUACGAUAUCGUAAUCCUUACCAGUACCAACAUAACCCUGAUUCGAUCAGAGAGCAUUUCUGAAGCACCUGUUCCAAUGGAAAAGUGCGAGAGAGCGAAUGCUCAGAACGAAGCCUAUGGCGGAAAGCUUGGUCGGUCUGACUGUCUUGUUAACAAGAGAGUGGAUGAUCCAAAGUUCUUUGGUCAGGUCGACACAGCUGCUGUGAUGGUUGCUAAUGGUCUUGGUGACGGACGAUCAAGCAGCAGCGCAAAGUCGCUUAACAAUGAUGCGUUGACUUGGAUCAGAAACAACGCAAAUGCUAUUGAAUCGCUUCUAACUGCGAGGGCUUAUAGCGUUAGUAUCGAUGCAUCCCUUGUGCAGAUCAGUGUGGAUAAGCUCAUUGUAGCUGUGUCUCAUCUUCAGCUCGCUCUGAGCUGCCUGGCUUUGGUCAUGGCGAUCGUUCUAUGGCUAGCUUUGAUGAUCUUGGCUGAUGCCCAUUGGGCUAGUUCACUGCUGGCCAAUUUGGUUCAUAGUACGGCGGAGACAAGUAGUGCGAAGCCUGGCUACAUGAUGCGUGAUCCCAAGCUGGCUUUGCAGGCGGUGGGGAAGAGAAAGCUUCUGGCGGUGAAUGGGAGGUUGGUGACUUUGCAUGAUGCGGUCUCAUAUUCUGGUGCCGGCAUGAUUGGUCCGCAGCAAAAUGGUAUCGAGACAAAGGGACAAAUGGAAACUGAGGCAUAUCCUGUCAACUACAGUCAUCCCCAUACUGGGAGAGAAGGUUUAAUGGCGGGUUUCGAGCGGACAGGCGCGUGA